ACUCAGCGCGCCUUACCAAUCUGGCGUGCGUGGCGCGUCGCACUUGACUGAGGAAGAUAGGAUCAUUUCUAGGUGUUCAGGAUACCUGAACACUGCCUGGCUGAGGGUGAGCGGCACACACAACAUGAGCAGCAGCGGCGGUCAGAACGCCGGACGGACGGGCCGCCAGCGACGCGACGCCAAACAGCACAACGGCACGGCGUCCGGCGGCGGCGGCGGCGGCGGCUCGGAGCGGCCGUCCAAACCCGCCUCCAGCGCCAAACAGAAGGAAGAAAAGGUGUUUGAAGACAAAAUCAGUCAGGUGGUGCAGCUCACAGGCAAGACCAAGGACGAGGUGGUGAUAGCUCUAUACGACUGCGACAAUGACCCGAAUCGGGCCGUUAACAUGCUGCUUGAGGGCGACGACCAGGGCCAGUGGGUGGAAAAGACCAAGAAGAAGAAGCCUCAGAAGCCGCCGGCGCCCGAGCCGCGCGCUGGCGACCGGGACGAGUCUCGUGGUGGCGGGGAGGACGGUGGCGCCGGCCGGGGGGAGUGGGGCCGAUCAGGGGACCGGUCACAGCCGCCCCGGCUGCGGAGGGGCGGCGGCCAGGACCGCAGCUGGAAGAGCCGGGAAAACUGGGAGAACGAGCGGAACAGUUCGGGUCGGGACGGCGGCGGUGGCGCGGCGCGCGGUGGCAGGGGAGGACGGAGGGGCGGCCGCGGCGGCGGCGGGCGGGGUGGCCCGCCGCGCAGUCGCGCCUCGGCGGCCACCGGUGGUGACGACUCGUGGGGCGCGCCGGCCGCCGACUGGGGCGCGUCCUCAGGGACCGACUGGGGCUCCUCGUCAGCCGGCGACUGGGGCGCGCCGGCCGCCGCCAAGCCGAGCGACGACUGGGGCACCUCGGCGGCGACUGCCGCCACGGAGGACUGGGACGAGUGGGGCGGUUCACUGAGCGACACCAAAGUGUUCACGGCCAGCCCGGCGGCGCCGGACGAGUCGGCCGCCGCGCCCGCCGCCUCCGCCUCCCCGCUGACGGGCGGUCUGGAGCUGGGCGCUCUGGUGCAGCCGAGCGAGGCCACGGCGGCCGGCAGCGGCGCGCCCACCUACAGCCAGCUGGCGGCGGCGCCGGCUCCGUCGGCCGGGCCGCUCAGUUACAGCAGCGCCAUCACUCGUUCACUGCAGCCGCAGGCGCAGGCGGCGGCCGCGCCCCAGCCGCCGGCCGCCAGCGCGGCCCCUCAGCGGCCGGCGGCAGCAGCGGCGGCCGAGUUCCCCGCGGCGCCGGCGGCCUCCUCUUCUGCGGGAGGUGCGCCGGCGGCAGCGGAGCCGGUGCGGACCACGCCGCCGGCGGCGCCCUACUCUGCCGACCCGUCGGCGGGCGGUGCGCCGGGCUUCCCGUCGCCGCCGGCGGCCGCCGUCGCCGAGCCGUCCAGCCUGGCGUCGGCGCCCAGCUCGUUCCCGUCCGGCUACACCAAUCCUCCCGGUCUGUUGUACUCGUCCAGUUUCGGCUCGUCGGCCCCGGCUUCCUCUGCGGGCGGUGUACCGCUCGGCUCACAGGCCCUGUCCAGCCGCAGUGGACGACCACAGAAACCACCGGUAAAGAUCCCCGACAUGGCGGUGGAAAUGCCCGACGACGUGUCAACUCUGGACGUCAAGUUCGGCGGACUCGACUUCGGCACGGCGGCGGCGCCGGCGGCCGACGAGCCCGCCUCGUUCACGGCCACGGCGGCCCCGCCGGCCCCUCAGCCGGACCCGGCGGCGGUGGCAGCGACCAAGGCGGAGCCGGAGGCGCCCGUGACGUUCCCACCGCACGCGCGCAGUCCCGGUCUAGGCACGCUCGCGUCGGCCGCUCAGGCAGUGAAGACCUCGAUGGAGUCGCCAGCGUCAUCGUUUGCCAGCAGCGGCGGCCCGACGGGCGGCUCGGGCCUGACCUCGACAGUGGGCGCGGCGCCGGGCACCUCUCCGGCGCCCGUCUCGUCGGCGGCCGCCGCUGUCGUCUCCUCCGCCGGCCUGUACGGCUCGGGCUCAGGCGGCGGCGACUCGGCCGGCCCGUUCGGCCAGCUGCCGGCCGCCAGUGCGGCGUCCAGCGGCCUGCCGGCGCCCGGCUUCGGCUCGGCGACGGCCACCUCUGCGGCGGCGGCCGGCGCCACGUCCGGCUUCAGCCAGUCGGAGCCUGCCGGCGGCGGCGGCAGCUACUCGUCCGGCGGCGGCCUGCCCGGCCACGCCGGCUACAGCAACGGCGGUCUGCUGCCCGAGCGACUGGGAGCCGCGCAGGCAAAGACCAGCCAGUACGACUCGUCAGCCGGCGGUGCCGGUGCCGGAGGCUCGGCGCUCUCCGCAGCACCCUCAGCAGCAGCGGCAGGGCCCUCGGCUGGCAGCGGCAACGGAGGAGCGCGCGGGUCAGCGCACCCAGUCACAACACGGCCGGGCGGCAUGCCCUCCCUGCCACCGGGCGUGCCGAUGCAGUACUUUGUGGGCCAGACGGCGGGCAUGCCGUUCUACCCGGGCGUGCCGGGCGUGCAGCCCAUCUACAACUACGAGGAGCUGCAUGCGCUGCAGCAGCGGCUGCCGCACAUGCAGUCGGCGGCCGGCAGCGCUCAGGGCCGGCCGGAGGUGACCUCAGCACUCGGAUCCGUCUCCGCCGGAGGGUACUCGCUCUCAGACGCCAAAUUCGGCCGUCAUGACAACUCGUCCCCGGUCCAGUCGGCGCUCAGUCAACAGCUCAAGCCGCACCAGCACCAGCAGCAGCAUCAGCAGCACCAACAGCAUCAACAGCAGCACCAUCAGCAACAGCAGCAGCAACAGCAACAACAGCAGCAGCAGCAACAACAACAGCAGCAGCAGCAACAGCAGCAGCAGCCGUUCUUCAACCCGGCGGGCAUCCCGCCCAACUACACCUACUUCCCGUUCCUGCCGCAGUACGGCAUCUACACGCCGGUGCCGCCGGCCACGGCCGCUCCCGGCUCCAGCGGCGCCGGACAGUACCAGAAGGUGGCCGGCUACGGCGCCGGCGGCGGCUUCGGCGCCGGCUACGACCCGCUGGGCUCGGCCGGAGACUUCAAGGCGGGCGGGGGAGCGUUCGGCGGCUCCUCGCCUCACAAGGCGGCCGGUGGCGCCGGCGAACUGGGAGCCGGCUACGGCAAGGCGCCGCUGGCCGGCAAGUACGACACGAAGGCGUACCACACGGGCACGCCGCCGCCGUUCCCGCUGGCCGGCCAGGGGCAGAGCGCCGCCUACGGGCAGCACAUGUAUCUGCAGGCGCUGCCUACGCAGGGGCACUCGCCGCUGGUGCAUCCGGCGCACCAGGAGUCGGCGCUGGGCGGACCGGCGCGCGGCUCCCAGCCCAAACCGACCGGAAAGCCCAGCUACGGCUUCUGGCCCGGCAACUAGAGGCGCCGGUCGGGCCGCGCCGGCCCGAGCUGGGUCGGCCGGCCCGGCCCGCCCGGGUGGGUCCACAGACACGGCGAACAGACCGGGGCGCAGGUGUCCGCGGCCCGCCGCGCCGCCCCUGGCCGCGUGCCCGUCAAAUGUACGGCUAUUUUUGCUCUCGUGUUUUGUGAAAGUCUUUUGGUCCUCGGUGUUCGCUUUUAAACAUGUAGUGAUCGGGCGGGCCAAGUGUACAUAGUGAGCUCGUAGUCAGUGCGGGGGAGACAGUUGUUCCGGACGGUUAAUCAUGUGUUUGGUACAAAGGUUCCCGUCGUCACGGAGCGGUAUCGUUUAUUCCUACCCGCCCCCGCCCCCGCCGGACCGGACACACGGACAGGCCGACCGCCCACCCACACAGCUGUGAUACUGGACGGCGCCGCCCGCCCCGCCGCUGGACAUUGGUAGGCGGUCUGAGCGCCGCGCUCCUCAGUUGUGUGUCCACCACCACUUCUGCUUUCAUAUUUUGUAAAGCUUUCCCCGAAGGUCAUUCUCAGCCAAUACAGCGCGAAAUGAUGGUUAA